AUGAGUGAAAGCGCCAAGGAAAUAAGCAUUCAGCGUAAAACAAAGAAACUAGCUACAAACAGGCUGGCAGCACUUAAAAAAGUUAAGUAUGACGAGAGAAAGUACCAGACUCCUAUAAUCACCCGAUCUUAUGGGGUUGAACCAGCGCCUCCCAUGGUUGUUGUAUUUGGGCCUCCCUCUUCGGGAAAGACUCUUUUCAUGAACUCAAUUGUCCGGUGCUAUACAAAGCAAAAAAUACAAAAAAUUAAUGGAAUUGUUACUUUAAUGGCCGCUAAGUCAAAACGGCUGAGCUUCUAUGAGUGCCCAGCAGAUCUUCCUACAAUGGCAGACACCUCUAAAGUGGCUGAUCUGGUGAUCCUAAUUAUUGAUGCUGUGGUUGGCCUGGAAAUAGAAACAUUUGAAAUGCUUAAUCUGCUAAGGACGCAUGGGUUUCCUAAAAUCAUGUGUGUUGUUACAAAGGUGGAUAUGAUAGAAGGCGGCGUGUCAAAACAGAGAUCAGUUGUUAAAAAGAUGAAAAAGCGCCUGUGGACUGAAGUUUGCAAUGGAAUAAAGGUCAUUCCAAUGUCCAAGGUUGUUGGAGGUCGAUAUUUGGACCGGGAUAUUAUUAAGGCAUCUCGGUAUAUAACACAAAUGAAAUAUAGGCCUUUUAUGUGGCGAUCUACACACCCAUAUAUUGUGGCAGACCAAUUAUUAGAGGAAGAAAGCAAAGGAGACCUAAAUAUAAGUGUUCCUAGUGGUAUGAAACUAUUCUCGCUCACUGGGUACGUGCGGGGAGGAAUUGCACUAAAAAGAAGCGCUGUAUUCCAUCUUCCUGGAAUCGGCGACUAUUCAGCAGAAAGCAUAACUGUUGUAAACGAUCCAUGUCCUUUAACAAAUGAACAAAAGAAAAAGCUAAGCGAAAGAAAAAAGCCGCUAUACGCGCCCACUAGUGAUAUUAGAGGAAUGCUUGUAGAGCAAGAUGCGGUGUAUUUGGACAUAAAGCAGCCAAAGGGCGAUCAGCCAGCUCCUGUUUAUACGAAUGAGGUGGCAGAAAAGCCCUUUUCUCUCUUUUCAGAGCCAGACAAAAAACUUAUGCUUGAGUCAGAAGUUCAAGAGGUUUCUCCAGAUAUGGCUAUAAACAAGGGCCUUUCCAAUGCAUCAGAAGAGCUAGAGAAUAUUAGUCCGGAGGAUGUGAUGCCAGAUAAUUGCAUGACAGAUAGCGAAGACUCGCUAGAAGAAGAGAUUCGCCAGAACAACACGCAGCAAGCUAGCACACCUGCUGCCGAUGUAUUCUCAAUUGAGCAUAUUUCUGAUACCGAAAGCGAUGAAAUGACUGAAGAGGCAGUGAAAAUGAUGUUUAAAACCAAACAGGAGGUAGAAGAAGAUUAUAUUGAACGUUUUAAUGACAAGUAUAUUGAAGAGGUAAAAGAUAAAAGAGAUAUAUUUACUCAAGAAAAAGAAAAGGUAAAAGAUGCAGAGCUUGCAACACAAGGCCUAUUAGACAGACACUCUGCAGAGUCAAAAGAGCAUCUGGAGGGAAUUGCUCCUGGCAGGUAUGUAAAGCUUAUGAUUGUGCUUCCAAUGGCUGUUUCCAACACGUAUACUCCAGAGAAUAUAUUUAUUCUGGGAGCAAACAAGGAGGAAGAGCUUUCCAUGACAUUUAUCCAGGGAAGAGUCAAAAGACAUAAGUGGUUUAAAAAGACGUUAAAAACAAAAGAAGCCCACUACAUCUCGAUGGGCUGGAGAAGAUUCCAGACCACACCUAUUUUUUCUUUAAAGGAUGCAAUUAGGAAUCGAAUACUAAAGUAUAUACCUGACAGUAUGACAUGCAAUGUAACCUUCUAUGCGCCAACGCAUCCCCCUGGCACUAGCUUUACCAUUCUUAGGAAAUUUAACAAAGACAAAAACUUUAGAAUUGCUGCAAAUGGGGUGCAGUGUGAAAUUGGCGGGCAUCCUCGUAUUAUGAAAAAGCUAAAGCUCAUUGGGUACCCGUCUGAAAUCAAAGGGCACACUGUCUUUGUGAAGGAUAUGUUCCACACACAAGAAGAAGCUGCGCGGUAUGAAGGCGCUAUGCUGAAAACAGUAAGCGGUCUGCGUGGGCAAAUAAAGAAGGCGGGAAAAAACGGAGUGUUCCGAGCAUCGUUUGAGGGAGUUAUUAAAAUGAGUGAAAUUAUAUUCCUUCCAUGCUUCUUCCCAAUCACACCCUCAAAGGUAUACCUAAAUGCAGAAAACUUUGCAGAUGCAGGAGAAAUAAAGCUUCUGAAGGAGAUAAGAGAUGCAAAGGGGAUGCAGCUAGAGGCCAAAUCAGACAGCGUGUAUAGAGAGAUUGAAGAGCCUAAAGCAAAUCGAACAGCUCCCAUUCCAAAAUCUGUGCUGUCUAAGGCCCCUCUUUCUAUGCUUAAAAAGGAUGAAGAGAAGGAGGAAAUGGUGGGAUCAGAAGAAACUAUCCACAAGCUCAAGCUUCUACGAACUCUCUCCUUUAAGGUUGAAAAAAUGAAAGAGGAGAAGCAGAAGGCAAGAGAGGAUAGAAUCAAUGAAAUCAUAAAGAGCCGAGAAGAAAAGAGAAAGGUAUACACAACCAAAAUGAAAACAGAAGCAAUGAUUAAUCGAACCAUGCCAAAUAAAAAGCAUAAAACCAGCAAAACAAAAGAUAAAAGACAGAAAAAAUCGCCAAAGUAGACACAACAUGAAGUAUUAUUAACCAAA